AUGGCAUUUCUCCAAUCCGAUAUCGAUCCUCUAUACCUCCGUGAAAAGCAUCUCAGGAUGAGCGAAAGCAGCAACAACAAUAGCAUAUCAACACAAGCAUCUGCAUCAACGACAUCCAUAGACGAUACCGACCACUUUACAGAAAUGGAUCUUGAUGACCAUCACCACCAUCAAGAAGGUGCCGUAUCAUCAGCAGUAAAACGCUUUUUUGAAUUUGGCUCAAGUACAAUGUCAUCAACAUCCACAACAGGUGGCCGAAGAUCAACGUUCUCAAGGAAAGAGAACUUGGAUCGUCUCGUUUCCUUUUAUUUGUAA